AUAUACAUACAACAAAAUGAAAAUUGAACUUUCCGUAUUUCUUAUUGCUUGCACAGCAUCUUUGGUUUUGGCCAGACCCCAAGAUCCCAUUGCUAUUGUUAGUCAAGAGUCAAAUAUUGAGCCAGAUGGCUCGUAUAAUUAUGCAUAUGAAACAGCCAAUGGUAUAAAGGGCGAAGAAACUGGCACUUUAAAAAAGGCCACAUCUCCCGACACUAGUGAUGUUAUCAUUGCCAAGGGCUCGGUGUCGUAUACCUCACCCGAAGGCAAUCUCAUUACAUUGAAUUAUGCUGCCGAUGAUGAAAAUGGUUUCCAACCACAAGGUGAUCAUUUGCCCACACCACCACCAAUCCCACCAGCAAUCCAAAAGGCUUUGGACUACUUGUUGAGCUUGCCUCCUUCCAAACGUCGUUAAGUCCGUGGCAUUGAUGUGAAACGCAAACUAAUGAAAUUAACGAAAACCAAUCAAUA